UUUUCAAAUUCAUACAUAUCACUAAGUGUUAACAAAUUUAUAUAUUUUCAGUUUUCAUUCUAUUUCUUUCUAGGAAUUCAAAAACGUUCAGCCUUCUUUGUUGGGAGUCGCUAUGGACGAUCCGGAAGUACUACAUAUGAUGAAAGUUUAAAAUCCAGACGAAUUUUCAUUGUUCCGCGAAACGAGCAUUUCUUUCUUGGCUCCCGGUAUGGAAAACGAAGCGGAAAAUAUUUACGCCUUAUGAGGGGAAUAAACAUGCUGAUAGUCAGGAAAGGAUUUGGAAACAAUGGGAAAGAACGAACUCUAUACUUAAGCUUUAUAAUCAUUCUCAUUCUGAUGCGAAAUACUUAACUAGUAUAUAAAAGAAAUAUUAAUGUCGAAAUCCCGAAGUAUUGCUUGAUCAAUAUUUUCAGUUUGUAAUGACAUAAGACUCUGGCAUAAAUGUCGCAUACUAAUGCCUUCUGUUUAAAAAAGGAUUUUGCAUUUUAGAAUAAUAUAUAACAUACGCCAUAAGCGUUUUAUCACAACGAAGGAAAACUGCUAAGAAAUUAAAGGGCCGCAUCUGUACGACUGCAUCGUACUUUUGUCGUUAUG